GUGUGGGAAUGGGACGCGGUUCGGCUAAGGAAGUGUCAAAGGUCUGAUCUGAUCCUACCUGGACUGGACUCCUCCGGUUUCACUGCAGGACACCACUCUGCGUCAGCAACAGCUGUCCUGCAGCCCCUCGCUGGCAGCCACAGGGGGAGAAUUACGUCCUCGGUCUAAAGCUUGACGGAAAACUGGAUUUGUUUUUGUAUAUUUCUUGGAUUCUGUUGGAAUAUUUGUUUUACUGUGCAAGCUCUUCAUAGGUAGAACCCGGUGUGGUGGUAACCCUUCGCGAUGCGAAGAUGGCGGCCCUGCUCCCUCUCCCAGGCACCGAUGCGUUCCGCCGCUUCACCAAGGAAUCAUUGGCGGAGAUCGAGAGGCUCAAGGAGGAAAGAAAAAAGGCCGCAGAAGUAGAGGGCCAUGGGGAGGAAGAGCCAACGGCCCCACAUCCGGAUCUGGAGGCGGGCAAGAGUUUGCCCUUAAUCUAUGGCGACCCUCCACCAGAGCUUCUCAACACACCUCUGGAGGACCUGGACCCCUUCUACAAAGCACAGAGCACGUUUAUUGUGAUCACCAAAGGAAACACAAUCUAUAGGUUCAAUGCUGAACCCGCUUGCUACAUUCUGAGCCCCUUUAGUUUGGUUAGAAGAGGAGCCAUUAAGAUUCUCAUACAUUCAUUAUUUAGCAUGUUCAUCAUGAUAACAAUUCUAUCAAAUUGUGUAUUCAUGACAAUGAGCAAUCCACCAGCAUGGAGUAAAACUGUUGAGUAUGUUUUCACUGGUAUUUAUACCUUUGAGGCAACCGUCAAAGUGUUGUCCAGAGGUUUCUGUGUUGGAUCUUUUACAUUCCUCAGAGAUCCAUGGAAUUGGCUGGAUUUCAUGGUGAUUAGCAUGGCAUAUAUCACUGAGUUUGUUGACCUUGGAAAUGUGUCAGCCCUCAGGACGUUCCGUGUACUUCGAGCCCUUAAAACAAUUACUGUGAUUCCUGGUUUGAAAACCAUCGUGGCCGCCUUGAUCCAGUCAGUGAAGAAAAUGGUGGAUGUCAUGAUUUUGACCGUCUUUGCCCUUGCUGUGUUUGCCCUUGUUGGCCUUCAACUUUUUAUGGGAAAUCUUCGGCAGAAAUGCAUACGAUGGCCCAUAGAUUUGUUUAACACCACCAACUCUUUCAAUGACACAGAAUUCUUCAAUGACACCAUGGGCUUUAACGACACUUCUUAUUCCAACAUUACCUUCAAUUUCAUGGAAUAUAUUGAAAACACAGAUAAUCACUAUUACCUGGAUGGCAGUCCAGAUGCUUUACUUUGUGGAAACAGCUCUGAUGCUGGAAAGUGCCCUGAAGGAUACACGUGCAUGAAGGCUGGGAGGAACCCCAACUUUGGCUACACCAGUUUUGACUCUUUUGGCUGGGCUUUUCUGGCCCUCUUCAGACUCAUGACUCAGGACUACUGGGAGAACCUGUUCCAGCUGAUACUCCGGGCGGCUGGCAAGACGUACAUGCUGUUCUUUGUUGUAAUCAUCUUUCUGGGCUCCUUUUACCUCAUUAACCUCAUCCUGGCUGUGGUAGCAAUGGCUUAUGAUGAACAAAAUCAGGCAACUCAGCGAGAGGCCAUAGAGAAAGAAGAGGAGUUCCAGCGACUACUGGAGCAACUCAAGAAUCAGCAGGAACAGGCUCAGGUUCUUGGAAGUCGAGCUACUUUAACCAGUAAAAAGUCACUGAGCCAUCACACUGUGUCUGAGCUGGCGGAUGAUGAACAGGGCCUUGAACAAGAUGAAGUUAUCAAGGACUGUAAUGGAAGACUUGUUCCCCGUCUGUUGAUAAGAGCUCCCACCAUGAACCAGGCUCCCGCAGAUUAUGAAGUGAGAGAGAAGUCAAUAGGCUCUUUGCAGAGCAUGCUACAUGUGGAUGAACCAGGCCUGAAACAGCGAACUGCCAGUGCUUUGACUGUGCUUACUAUUGCUGCAAUGGAAGAGUUGGAGGAAGCUCAGAGGCCAUGUCCACCUGGCUGGUACAAGUUUGCUGACAUUUUCCUGAAGUGGGACUGCUGCCCACAGUGGGUGAUGUUAAAAAAGUGGGUGUACUUCAUAGUCAUGGACCCUUUUGUUGACUUGGCCAUCACCAUUUGCAUCGUGCUCAACACCCUCUUCAUGGCAAUGGAGCACUACCCCAUGACACCAGAGUUCGACAACAUGCUCUAUGUUGGAAAUCUGGUUUUCACGGGGAUCUUCACAGCAGAAAUGUUCUUCAAGCUCAUUGCAAUGGAUCCCUACUACUACUUCCAGGUUGGCUGGAACAUUUUUGACAGCAUCAUUGUCACUCUGAGUCUGGUGGAGCUGGGGCUGGCAAAUGUUCAGGGCCUGUCAGUCCUCAGGUCAUUUCGUCUGCUCAGAGUCUUCAAACUGGCCAAGUCCUGGCCAACGCUCAACAUGUUGAUCAAGAUUAUUGGUAACUCAGUGGGAGCUUUAGGAAACCUGACGUUGGUGCUGGCCAUCAUCGUCUUCAUCUUUGCCGUGGUGGGUAUGCAACUCUUUGGCAAGAGCUAUAAGGACUGCGUGUGCAAGAUAUCCACUGAGUGCGAACUGCCACGUUGGCACAUGAACGACUUCUUCCACUCGUUCCUCAUCGUCUUCCGCAUCUUGUGUGGGGAGUGGAUCGAGACCAUGUGGGACUGCAUGGAGGUUGCUGGCCCUGGGAUGUGUUUAAUUGUCUUCAUGAUGGUCAUGGUCAUUGGAAAUCUGGUGGUGUUGAACCUCUUCCUGGCCUUGCUGCUCAGCUCGUUUAGCGGAGACAACCUCUCAGCAGGGGAUGAUGAUGGAGAGAUGAACAAUCUCCAGAUUGCUAUUGGAAGGAUCACACGUGGCGUCGACUGGCUGAAAGCGUUUGUCAUUCGAACAAUUCUGCAGAUUCUAGGCAGGAAGCCCAAGGAGCCUGACGUGUCUGGAGAGGGCCCAGAGGACGGCGAUGGCGAGGAUCCUAAAACAGAGCAAAUUGAAAUGAACCACUUGGACACCAGUCAGAAUUUUAAAAUGGCAGAUGGAAUAUGUAAUAGCAUAGUUGAAGGCCGACCUUCUGGAUUUAUUGUGGACGGAGAGCUGAAUCUUCAUGUUCCAAUUGCUCUGGAAGAGUCUGACUACGAAAACACUGAUGAUGAUGAAGAUGAUGAGGACGAUGCAGAGGAUGCUAAUGACUCAGCAAAGUCAGACGACAAAUAUAAUUUACAUGACAAAAACUCAGAAGACCAAACCAGUAUGCGGGAUGAUGUCAAACUCAUGGGUGCUUUAGAUGAUGGGGAUUCAUCAGUGUGUAGCACAGCGGACUAUCAACCACCUGAGCCUGAGCCAGAAGAGGAGGAAGAAGAAGAGCCAGACCCUGUAGAACCAGAGGAGUGCUUCACUGAAAACUGUGUGAAGCGUUGGCCAUGCCUGACUGUGGAUAUCACCCAAGGUCGAGGGAAGUUGUGGUGGAACCUACGCAGGACUUGCUUCACUAUUGUGGAGCAUGACUGGUUUGAAACCUUCAUCAUCUUUAUGAUCCUUCUUAGCAGUGGUGCUCUGGCUUUUGAAGAUAUACACAUAGAAAGACGUCGAACCAUCAAAAUUAUUCUGGAGUAUGCUGACAAAGUUUUCACCUAUGUCUUCAUCAUUGAGAUGCUCCUUAAAUGGGUCGCAUAUGGCUUUAAAACCUACUUCACCAACGCUUGGUGUUGGUUGGAUUUCUUCAUUGUAGAUGUUUCCCUGGUUAGUUUAGUUGCCAACUGGAUGGGCUACUCUGACCUUGGACCAAUCAAAUCACUCAGAACUCUAAGGGCACUUAGACCUCUUCGAGCGUUGUCCAGAUUUGAGGGGAUGAGGGUGGUGGUGAACGCUCUAGUCGGAGCAAUACCCUCCAUCUUCAAUGUGCUGCUGGUUUGUCUGAUAUUUUGGCUCAUCUUCAGCAUCAUGGGAGUGAACCUGUUUGCUGGGAAGUUCUACCGCUGCAUCAAUACUACCACAGAUGAGCUCUUCCCUAUGUCUGAGGUCAACAAUUUCAGCGACUGCAUGGCUCUCAAAGAACUGACUCAAGAGGCCCGCUGGGUCAAUGUCAAAGUCAACUAUGACAAUGUGGGAAAAGGCUACCUGUCCCUGCUUCAAGUGGCAACAUUUAAAGGUUGGAUGGACAUCAUGUAUGCUGCUGUUGACUCAAGAGAGAUACUGGAGCAACCCUCAUAUGAGAUCAACCUCUACAUGUACAUGUACUUUGUCAUUUUCAUCAUCUUUGGCUCCUUCUUCACACUGAAUCUCUUCAUCGGUGUCAUUAUUGACAAUUUCAACCAACAAAAGAAAAAGUUUGGAGAUAAAGACAUCUUUAUGACUGAGGAACAAAAGAAGUACUACGAUGCCAUGAAGAAACUUGGUUCCAAGAAGCCACAAAAGCCAAUUCCACGUCCGACUAACCUAAUCCAGGGAAUGGUGUUUGACUUCAUCAGUCAGCAGUUCUUUGACAUCUUCAUCAUGGUGCUAAUCUGCCUCAAUAUGGUGACCAUGAUGGUGGAGACGGACGACCAAAGUCCAGAGAAGGAAGAUUUCCUCUUUAAAGUAAAUGUGGCUUUCAUCGUUGUGUUCACUGGAGAGUGUGUGCUAAAGCUCUUUGCCCUACGACAAUACUUCUUCACCAAUGGAUGGAAUGUUUUCGACUUUGUUGUGGUCAUAUUGUCCAUAGCAGGUACAAUGCUCUCUGACCUCAUUGAGAAGUACUUUGUGUCACCAACUCUGUUCAGGGUGAUCAGAUUGGCCAGAAUAGGAAGGAUUCUUCGCCUCAUUAAAGGAGCUAAGGGCAUACGGACGCUUCUCUUUGCUCUCAUGAUGUCACUUCCUGCCUUAUUCAAUAUAGGUCUACUUCUCUUCCUCAUUAUGUUCAUCUUCUCCAUAUUUGGCAUGUCAAACUUUGCCUAUGUCAAAAAGGAGGCUGGAAUUGAUGAUAUAUUCAAUUUUGAGACAUUUGGUGGUAGCAUUAUCUGCUUGUUUGAGAUCACAACAUCAGCUGGAUGGGAUGGACUCAUGCUUCCAAUGUUGAACAAGGAGGCGCCAGACUGUGAUCCGGACUUUGAGAAUCCUGGCACAGAUGUUAAGGGUAACUGUGGUAACCCGGGGAUGAGCAUGAUGUUCUUUUGCAGUUACAUCAUCAUUUCAUUUUUAGUGGUGGUCAACAUGUACAUCGCCAUCAUCUUGGAGAACUUCAAUGUGGCACAGGAGGAGAGUGGAGAUGCUCUCUGUGAGGAUGACUUUGAAAUGUUUAAUGAGACAUGGGAGAAGUUUGAUGUCGAUGGAACUCAGUUUAUUGAGUAUAACCGACUCUCAGACUUUUGUGAUGCCUUGCAGGAGCCUCUAAGGGUAGCAAAACCGAACCGGCUUCACCUGAUUGAAAUGGAUUUACCCUUGGUUAUUGGGGACAGGAUCCACUGUCUGGAUGUCUUGCUGGCGGUCACACAGAUGGUCUUGGGAGACACAGUGGAGAUGGCAGCAAUGCGGGACAGCAUUGAGGCUAAAUUCAUCCUGAACAACCCCACCUCAGACUCCUUUGCACCAAUUACUACAACAGUGCGCCACAAAGAAGAGCAGAUCGCUGCUGUGGUUAUUCAAAGGGCUUACCGUAACCACCUACUAAAACGCUGCUUACGCCAUGCCGCUUUUAUGUACCGCUGUAAAAAGAAGGGUAGGAAUGAUGAAGAUGAGGAGCCGCCUGAAAAAGUGGGGAUGCUAGCUCGAAGGAUGGGAGUUCUCUAUGGCAGCAAUGUGGACCUUGCAGAGGAGAUGGAGCGUGCUGCUGCAGAAACUCUAGCAAACCAACAGCCUUCUGAUACAGAGACAGUGUCACAUUACACAGAAGAGGAGAGUGCUUCAGAUUCCCCUGAGCCAAAUAUCAUGGUUGUACCUGUAGAAAUCACAAAUGAGGUUUUAUUACAUUCUGCCCCAAACCAACACUUGUUGACUUUUCCAGCAAAUCUGAGAGAGACAAUCGUAUAACAAGGACAAUAAAUUACAUCUUCCCUGUUAUUUCUCCCCUGCCAAGUAGUUUUGACUAUCAAUGCGAAGUCCCGCAUAUAAAGCUGAAUUUUCCACAUUGGAUGAAGAGAUAUCAUAGUGCUAAUGAAUGUCUUCAUUGUGUUUUUGUUAGCUAAUUUUAACAACCAAUUCCUGUUUUUCACACAGUGUUUUGGGGUAUUUUUGGGGGUUGACUGUCACACAAUGGAGUACAGGGUUUUCUCUGAUGAUAACCAUAGCCACUUCAGCAAAUUUAAUCCCAGAUAAUACCAAACUGGGAGGAUCAAAAUACAACCUUGUUUGCAACAUUAAAUUAAUCAUUUGUAGGGUAUUUACUGGCAGUAUGGAGUAGUAUGUAGGUACAGUGGCAGGUGCAGACUCAUAGUUACUUAGUACUAGUAGUGGCCUGUCCUAUUGAAGCACCCUAUUUCUGUGCCAGUGAUGCUGGCAUCUGUAAACAGCUGGAGGUAAACAGUACUUAAAUUGAUUUUUUAGCCUUGUGAGACUGUAAAUACUUAGAAUUUUCUCUGGGCCAAUUUAAAAGCAAGCAGCUUAAGAUACAUUAACUUACCAGUGGAGAAUCAACAUUGGUUUUGAUAGAAUUGUAUAUCUGUAAGAAGUCUAACAAUAUAAAAUAUUAUUUCUAUACAAAUACAUUAAAGAAAUGCUAGUGUUUUAAGUGAGCCAUGGUUGAAAUCUACAUUUAGCCAGUGUUUACUUUGCUCUGGGCUAUGGUUAUUACCAGAAAACCACAGCAUGUGCCCCAGAAUUUCAGUGUAGAAUACACAGUUGUAUUAUUCCCAGUGUGCACAAACCAGUAGAUUGGAUUAUCAUUUCACCCUCUGUAUUAUCUUAUAUUUAGCAGCACACAUCCAAACUCUAUGCAUUAUCCAAUAUUACAUGAAUGCAGCUACAUUAUCUAGCUCUUCCAACUAACAUUUGAUAAUUAAGUCUUUAUUUACACAAUGCUAUUCAUCCUAGGAGCUACACUUACUAGUAUCCAGGUUAAAUAUGUGGCUCAGUGUAAAAGUACAAAGAUGGAAUAACAGCAGACCUUCACAAUGCUACAGUGGAAUCCCAGUGUAAAACUUUCAUUUCACUUGUUGAGUUACAUCAAUGUGGGGGUUUUGCUUACAAACCUCUUGGUUACACGCAAAUAAAUUUACAAGGUGAGAUGACUUCUGUAAACAGAGGCUUAUCUAAAAAAUUGAAAUUGUUCCUAUUUUACUAAUGACAGUAUAAUCUAUCAGUCCUCAUUAGCUAACAAUAACAUGCAAGCAGAUGACACCUAUCCCUCAGUAAGACCCUGUUUAUAUUGCACUAUUUAUAUCCAGCUUCCAGGUCAGGUUAGAGCAGUUCACUGUUCAUGUUUCCUAAGAUGACUCCAUCAACAACACAUGCCAGUCUUAUUAAUGUUUUGUCAAUGAAUUUCCACUGUUGGUCCCCUCAGACAGAUCCGAAAUCUCAACAAGGCAAUCAAUGGUUUUCAAUUUUCAGCAUUUUGAUUUAAAUGUAAUCUGUGACUGCAUAUCAGACCUGUCAAGUGCUCUGUUCCUUUUAGCUUUUACCUAAACUUCUCCCUCAGAUUCACUCAUAUCUUAUCCUUUGAAUAAUAGCAAAUUAACCUUAAUCCAGAAACACAAAGCUGUGUAAAAGUUAUAAAUAUCUUCGAGGAAAACACCACAUAUCCUUUGAGGUAGUUACACUUAUUUAUACGUUGAUAGUUUUAGGGGGGAAAAAAAUCACAUAUGGAUGCCUGUCCUCUUAAAAAUUGCUUCCCUUGCUGCUGUGUAAGUCUUAACAGAAUUUAAAAUGUCUUACUCUAACUAUAAAACAUGAACAACAUAAGCACUUUUACAGUUUUGUAGUUUGUUUUUUACAUUAGACCAUAGAGGGUUGUGUCUUCUCUUUUUAAUGUGUUCAGCAUUGUUUCAACAUCAACCCUAAGCGAUCAAAACAAAUCAAUGUUUCCUCUACGAGGGGUCUUUUUGUCUUAUUAUAUUACUGCCGCAGCAUGGCAGUUAUUCCGGUCAAGACGUGUGUCAUGUGACCUGCAGCAGUCCUAUUAGAGAUUGACACACUCCUGCACCACUUAGCUAUCGUGUCCUCUGAUGCUGCAGUGAAAUCCAAAAGACAGUGUCCUCUUUUGUUUACAUUUCUAAUGGAGGAAGAGCUUGACUGGUACACCUAAUGUCAGUGUUGCCUGUACAUACUUUUUUUUUCUUCUUUCUUGUAAAUUUUUAUGAUUUUGCUAUUGUACAAAAAAACUGUAAGUAUAU